CCUACAUACAGUCGGCUGCAGGUUGCAGCGCACUUCUGUUCGACCCUUUCCGCCGCGACAACCUGCUCCUGGUCGUCGCCAGGCAGGUGUUUAAUCUUUACCGUUCCUCACUCGCUAAUCGCGUGUUAAUUCGAUAGCUCGCGCACGGAACUUCCAGUCACAUUAUGUAUUAGUGAAGACGCGAAUCGCGUUUGACGAGAAUGUAGUAAGAAAGCACGGUCAGUUUAGUGUGUGCGGGCCGACGCACCAUAGUCGCGCGCAUCUCGACCCACGACGUACGCGCUUUAUCACUCAUUCCACGAAAGCUCUCGACGUCGCCGCUCAUCUCCUCUUCCCGGGGAUUGUUAAAAACAAACUUAUUGAUUCGAAUUCGCAUCGACAUUCGCAAUCCGCAUGCAUAUUUAUCGCCGUAGCUAAUUAUCGAUUGACGUGCGCACUGCAGGAUGGAUGGUCCGCGAAUAAGAUGGACAACGCUGGUGGGCACUACGUAGAUGCGAUCAAGACACUACAUCAAACCGUUGUAUCACUGCGCGGCGCAUUAGAAGAGAGUCGCAAUGAGAUUCUAGAGCUGCGAGAUAAGUCCUGGCCGUUGGAAAACCUCGAAAGUGCGGUUGCGACACUCAGUAUUGAGAAUCAUCUCCUCAGGCAGCAGAUUGUCGAAGCGCCCAAAGAAGAAACACGGACACAACAUGCCACUGAGUUCAACAAAACAAUAACAUACAAGAACAAGAAGAUUGCUGUGAAUAUAAAUUUAGAUAUUACGCAUAAUAGAAGAGACAUGGAUGAGACGGUUGCUAACAAAGAGGAAGAAGAAGAUGAUGCGCAGAACGGUGAGGAGAAGCACACAUCCAAUGCAGUUCUACAACACUCUCCCAGCACUGACCUCAUUGAUCAGGAAGUCGACAAUAUUGAGUUGAUCUUCACCAAUGAAGAUACCAAGGAGACAAGUCUGAAGGAACCUCUCAUUUCGAUAGAAGGAGGCUCCGGAGGCAAUGCGGGCCAAGCAGAUGGGUUGUUUGUGCCCUCAGCUAUGAGGAAACACUCCGACUUUGACCAGAAUCUAUCAGCGGAUAUCUCCGAUCGAGAACUGGAGGACGAUGUGUUCAACGACAAUUUUGAGAAUGAAAAUCAGGAGAAUACGAAUUUUCAAAGUCAGACUUUUGAUUUCACACGUGAAAAUUCGCAGAUCUACAAUUCCAAAUCAGACAAUUCCAUCAACCAUGAAGAGAUGAAGAGUUUGAAGAGUUUCUACUCCUCAUUUCAAGAUUCUAGUUUUGAGAAUAAGAGUAUGGAGAAAGACGAGAGUUUUGAUCGAUUUGAUGAGCGGAUUCGAUACCUGGAGACGGAUAUGUCCAAAGUGGGUAUCCAUGAUGUGGAAUAUGGGAAUAUGGGCAGGAGGAAUACCUGCCCCAAUCCAUUACAAUACAGGCCUAUGAGUCAUAGGGAAGCACUACGCGGGAUGAAUCCAUCACGUCCGAAAUGCCGACCACUUUUGGCAUUCUCAAACGCAGUGCGAAAAGAAUCCGGUGCCCAGACAGAGAUCUCCGCCCUCCCAGCAAACAGCUCUUGGAGGUCGGAGUCCAGCCUCGCCCUGAAGGUCAAAAUGGGCGAGAACUUCAUGACGCUACCAUCAAAGUUCCCCAUGCCAGGGUCACGACUACGUCCCAAUGAUAAAACCGUCGAAGCACGUCGUAUCCUGCUCUCGGAUAUUGGGUUCACGAGCAUGGUGCCAGAGCUAUCACGCUCUGCAGACCACCUCUGUCCGACCAACCUGAAGACCUGCCCGUUACAAUAUGGUCAGUUUCUGAAGACCACUGACUUGUACUCUCCAGGAUAUUCACAAAAUGAAGUCUGGAGCUCCACCUCUCCGAGCUGUCGUCAUUCCCAAUCGCGUUACUCCAGUCUCCUGCCCCUGAGCCCCCCAGCUCCAGGGCAAUCACGUCGUUGCUCAGCCCCCGUCUCACCUUCGCGUAAGACCCUCAUCCGUACCACAACAUCCCGCGUUCGUUUCGCCAACGGUUCCCUCCCGGAACUCCGCAGCGACUGGGGAGCCACCAACGACAGCGGAGACUCCACCGACAGUCUCGUCGACGAGGCGGAGCAAUACCUGCGACGGUCCAUCGAUUGCAUAACCAGCGGUAAGGACGCAUCUUAUUACAGCACGCCCAAGACCGGAAUGAGGCGUGCCUCGGCGCCGGAACCCGGUAGGGACAACGUACCACCAUCCGGAUGGCAGCCGUUCUUACCGCGUCUACCACGAGACCUUCGUCUGGACUACUGGGUCAAAGUUAUCUCACCCGAGGGACGUGUUCGAGGCGGACGCGUCCGCUACGUCGGGCAUCUGCUCUCUCAAUCGGAGCAGUUUGUUGGCGUGCAACUAUGCACACCCGAUGGACACUCUGAUGGGACUUACAAUAACAGGAGGUAUUUCCAAUGUGAACCAAACCAUGGAAUUUUUGUGCCGUUCCGAAAAGUGAUAAUGGGUUGGAAACCGUAAGUAUUAGACGUAAAUAAAUGUCAAUAAUUGUAAAUUUCAGUAAGAAGUCCAUAAUCUCAAGUUACCACUUAUGCGUUGACGUGAAUUGUAAACACAAUGCGCUGCUCAUAUAUUAGAUUCAAUUUAUACAAGCGACUUUAUCGCGGACGAGAUUUUUUCGAGAUGUGCAACUUCCAUUUCACAAAAAAAAACCAAUGCCAAAGAAUACGCAUUUACCUAUUAUUAAAUGCAAAAAACGAGAAGAGAAGAGAAGUUAACGCACUAGCUAUACCAUAGUUUAUUCUAGGUUAAACCAUUGUCUUAUUCUAUGGUUAUACUAAUUGUAAUGAACGUUGAUAACUAUUAAAAUGUCUAAUGAAUCUGUUACUCCGCGGCUAUUCGAGAGCUAUGCAACCAAGGUGAUUGUUCAGUGUACAAUAUAAAAAAGUCAGAACAAAAAAAAUAUAUAUUUCUGUAUAAUGUAUAAAGAUGUACCGGAGCGGCAUAGAAAUAAUUCGGCAUACUCUUUCGGUUGUUGUCCGAGCAGAGAUCGGCGUCUUCUUCACACACACUCUCAGAUACAUGUGUAUUGAUGGAUGGAUCAAGGAACAAGCUUUACAUGUACGAUAGACACUAAAUGCAAGCAUAUUAAGUAACUGUACACUCAAAAUGUAUACAUAUCUGUAAAUUAGCCUUAACGACAAAUAACCAAAUAAUUGUACUGCAUUUGUUGAGUUAUUGGCGGUUUACUUCAUUACCGAAUUGUGAUCAAUUGCGUACUUCAAUCUUAAAUGAACUUAAUGUAUAGAAUCAAGCGAUUUCGGUUUUUGUUUUAUGUUUUGUGGGCAAAACAGGGGACGUAAACACAAAUGAGACUAGUCAUGUAUAACAAUGUAUAACAAAUUUAUUUUUUGAAGCGGAGAGAGAACGCGUUGAGUUAAAGAGAAGAAAGCAGAAACGAAAAGUUGAGAUAAUUAAGAUGAUAGAUGAUUUAAAAGAAAAGAAAUGAAGAUGUUUUAGUGCGAAUGCACAGGAAAAUCGGCAUACCAGCCGAAUGCGCCGUGAUCCCCGGUGUGGGCGCCAAAAUCAACAGCGUCGUGAUGAUCGCCGCCUCCGGCUUGACGCUGGGCGCGCACCAGCGAGUCGUCCGCCUCCUGCUCGACGGGCUCGUGCUUUCUGCUUCUCGGGAGUCCGCAAACCAGUGCGCAAACCACAAACAGGAUGAAAAUCUAUCGGGAUUUUUAAGUUUUACCAUUAGAUUCUCUAUUGAGUUGUUUCACCGUUGUGUUUUAUAGUUUAUCGAUGUUUGUUUCUUGUGUUGAAUAGGAGGAAAGCCUAAUUUUGUAUAGAUUUAAAUGAAUAUUAACUAUUAUCGCCCAGAGAACCAGAGAAACACGUGUAUAUUAAAACCAGUAAGGAAUAAAAUCAAUGACAAACUUCA